AUGGUUCGAACCCUAUCCGAUGCGGCCACCAUGCCCGGCUUCAUUGAGACGCCAAGCAAAAUGGCCGACAAUCCUGAAGAUGAAAGCCCGCAGGACGAUAUUCUCAACGAUAUCGACACGGGUGUUCUCCUCAAUGAAUUGACGAACCUCAGCCUCAUGCCCAAGAAGGUCGAUUUGGCCCCUCACGAACAGGCAGCCGGUGAAAAGAACCCCGAGAGUCUUAUUUGGACAUUCGCGGAGAAAUUUGAGCCGGAGAGGCUGCCAGAAGGCACCUAUCGCGGGACUCAGCUGGCACUGACGAAGGUCUAUGAUCUGAUCGAGCAACGGUUCUCCUCCUAUACGGAUGUCACUGGUGUCGAACCUUUGCUUCCCUUUGCUGUGAGCAGAGAAGACCGCAAGAGCUUCUUUGCGUUCACCAAAAGCAAAGACGACGGCUAUCCCCCCCACCUUGAUCUUGGUCUGAACAAGAAGUGGGCAAACUCAGGCGAGAAGGACAAAAAUCAGCGUUCAACCCUUGGGCCAUUCGAUCUCUUCAAUCCUAUUUAUCUGCUCCAGUUGCAGCGGAUCAUGUCGGGCAUUAUCCCCAAAUGGUUCUUGAGUCCGGGCACACCCGACAAAGGCAAGACAAUUGCCGAUGUGGAAAACUACAAUCGCGAACAAAUCGCCAGAGCCAAGUCGUGGUUGCAUAGGUGGACAGAGUUUCACGAUAUCUUCAACCGUCCCAACGUGGGCGAGUUGCUGGAUUGGUACAGCGAUGCCCGGUUUGCCCAGCAGCAAUUCACAGGAACGAAUCCUACCACCAUUAAGAAAGCCCCGAAGUCUUGGAUCUCUUACUUUAUCCGAGCUGCAAAGACUCCGGAGGAUGCACUUGCCAAGGAGACCAUCACAAAUCUCAGUACUAAAUACCCAAAUUCCUUGUACGUACAGGAUUACAGCUACUUCCGCGAUUCCGCUGGGUUCACGGACCCGGAGGCCGAGAUCAAACGUGUCGUCGACGAUAAAACCACUCAUUAUGGCUGCGCGGCCGUGUCUCUUUUCUUCCUCGAUGACAAUGGCCAGCUUCAUCCGCUCGCAAUUGUCACGGAUUGGCGAGGCAGUAUGGAGGCGUCUGUGACUAUUCACAACCGGGAACUGUUCAAACGGUGGGAUCUUCUGGCCGGAGUGGAAAAGCCACCCAAUGCACAAGAAAAGAGAGUUGAUGAGGCUCAUGACUGGCCGUGGAGAUAUGCCAAGACCUGUGUGCAGACCAGCGACUGGUUCCGGCAUGAAGUCACUGUGCAUCUGACUCGGACUCAUUUGGUUGAAGAGGCCGUCAUCGUCUCGGCCAACCGACAGUUCGAAUCCGACCACCCGGUCUACCAAAUCCUUCGCCCGCACUGGCAGAAGACACUGGCUCUGAAUGGGGCAGCGCGGGGAAUUCUCGUUCCUUCCGUCAUUCUUCAGAUCAUCGGAUUUGAGGCCAAAGAGGCCCUGGCGUUCAUUCGCAGCGAAUACAGGUCUUAUGAUUUCGAGAACAGCUACGUGCCAAAGGAUCUCGAGAACCGCGGUUUCCCUCCACAGGAGCUCGACUCACCCAAGUUCCACAACUACACCUACGCCAGAUGCAUCAACAGCAUGUGGAAGAAGAUCAGAACCUACGUGAAAGAGCGGCUUUCACUGGCCUACGCAAGCGACGAGGAGGUCGAGCAAGAUAAGUCCAUUGGGAAGUGGUGGAACGAGAUGCAGUCUCCUAGCGGUGCUGAUCUGCGCUCGUUCCCUGAAAUCCACACGUUCGACAGCCUGGUCGACUGCGUGACGAUGUGUAUUCACAUUGCAUCGCCCCAGCACACUGCUGUCAAUUACCUGCAAGACUACUACCAGGGCUUCGUGAUCAACAAGCCCUCCUGUUUUUUCACUCCGCCUCCAACUUCGUUGGAAGACCUGCUCGAUUACACCGAGAACGACCUUGUCAAGGCGCUGCCUAUCAACCAUACCAUGGAAUGGCUGUUGUCUUCGCAUGUUCCUUACCUUCUCAGUUUCAAACCAGACGAGAGUAAGGAGACGCUGAUGAAUUGCAUCAAAACGGCUCGCGGACUUGCCAAGGACAAGAAAGCCAGAGGGGCUCUUGACAAAUUUUAUAAGGCUCUUCAAGCCAGCGCGAAGGAAUUCCAGGGAUACGAUGACGCAAAGUGGGACUCUAAGGAGAUCCCUUACAGCGUGUUGAAGCCAAAGUAUAAUGCCGUGUCGAUCUUGAUUUAG